GUCAAAAUAAUGGAGAAUCUUGCGGAAAUACAGCGACUCGAACUCUUGUGCAAGCAACUUUACGAGGCCACAGAUUCAGGAAAUCGAUCUCAGGCAGAAAAGGCUUUGUUUCAAUUCCAAGAUGACCCAGAAGCGUUGGUCAAGUGUCAAAUGUUGCUGGAUCGCGGCGACAGCAGUUACUCACAACUUUUGGCAGCAACAACGCUCACAAAACUCGUUUCGCGCAACGUCCAAAGCCUCAGUUUGCAGCAACGGGUCGACAUCCGGAACUAUCUCCUCAAUUAUUUGGCGGUACGACCCGGUUUGCAGAGUUUCGUGAUACAAGCGUGCGUCGUUUUGCUCGCGAAACUCACGAAAUACGGCUGGUUCGACUUGUACAAGGAGGAUUUCGUCUUUCGGAACAUCGUCUCGGAGGUAAAAGAGCUUUUGGAUAGCGGCAGUGUCACUUUGGGCAUGAUCGGCGUGCAAAUGUUGUCCCAGCUGACAUGCGAAAUGAACCAAAUCCCCGAAGUUGAUGUAAAUCUGACUUUUACGAAGCACCGGAAAAUCGCAUGUUCCUUCCGCGACACAAAAUUGUACGAAAUUUUCAUUUUCGCGUGCGAUUUGCUGGGCCGGGCACGUGACAACAGCAAAAAUUUGAAUUUUAUGGAUGAAGCACAGCACGGACUUAUGACACAUUUACUUAAUUUGGCUCGAAAUUGCUUAACGUUCGAUUUUAUCGGGACCUCAGCGGAUGAAAGUGCCGACGAUAUGAGCACCGUUCAAAUUCCGGCUAAUUGGCGUCCCGCCUUUCUCGAACUCGACUCGUUGAAGCUCUUUUUCGAUCUGUAUCACGUGCUGCCGACACGUCUUGCGAGUUUGGCGCUUUCGUGCCUCGUGCAAAUCACCUCGAUACGCCGUUCGAUGUUCAGCAACACGGAACGCGUCAAAUUUUUGACGAGGCUCGUAAAUGGGGCAACGGAAAUUUUGAAAACUUCUCAUGGGUUGAGCGAUCCCGACAAUUAUCACGAAUUUUGUCGCUUGUUGGCACGAUUGAAGACGAAUUAUCAACUCGGGGAACUGGUUGUUGUCGAUAAUUAUCCGGAAGCGAUCGAACUUAUCGCCAAAUUCACCGUGCAAUCGUUGCAAAUGUGGCAAUUCGCCCCAAAUUCGGUUCAUUACUUGCUUUCGUUGUGGCAACGAAUGGUCGCGUCACUGCCAUACGUGAAAAGCGUCGAACCGCAUUACCUCGACAGAUACACGCCCGAAGUCACAAAGGCUUUUAUCACGUCGAAACUUGAAUCUGUCCCGAUUAUCGUUCGUGAUGGCUUGGAAGAUCCCUUGGAUGACCUUGGGAUGGUUCAGCAGCAACUUGAUCAAUUUUCGACCAUCGAGCGGUGCGAAUAUGAGAAAACCGUGGCGAUAAUAGUGCAACUUUUCGAUCAAACUGCGGGCCGGUAUCAGGAACUUCUUUCGAAUCCCGCUGCGAAUAAUUCGGCAGACACGAAAAUUGUCGAAGGGCAACUCACGUGGCUCGUUUACAUCAUUGGAUCGGCGAUAAAUGGAAGGAUGUCGUACCAAAUGUGCGACGAGCAGGAUAUGAUGGAUGGCGAUUUGAUUAUUCGAGUGCUGCAAUUGAUGACACUGACAGAUUCGAGAUUGCCCCAAAGUGGGUGUGAGAAGUUGGAGUUGGCGAUUUUGAGCUUUUUGGAACAUGCGAGGAAAAUGUACAUUAGUGAACACACGCAAAAGUUUGUCGUGUACAAGAGAUUGUCGGAGGUGCUCGGGCUGAACGAUGAAAUUAUGCUGUUGAGUGUUAUUAGUAGAAAAAUCAUCACGAACCUCAAAUACUGGGGACACUCUGAACAAAUCAUCCGCCGUACGUUAAAUUUGCUAAAUGAUCUCACACUCACCUAUAGUUUAGUGCGACGACUGAUCAAACUAGAUGAAAUUCAAUUUAUGUUGAAUAAUCACACGAGCGAACACUUUUCAUUUUUGGGAUCAAAUUGCGUGCUAAGCGGUUCUCGAUGUCGCAGCAUGUUCUAUACGUGCUUGGGACGCCUCUUGAUGGUCGAUUUGGGCGAAGAUGUCGAACGUUUCAUUAAUUUCAUGACGCCUCUUACAAAUGCUUUUGACUCCAUCGGCUCAAUUAUGAUGGAUACCAGCCAAUUUCCGAAUGACGAGAUACGAAAAGCUCUCAUUGGAUUGUCGCGUGAUUUGCGCGGAAUUGCGUAUGCGUUCAAUGCCAAGCCGCCAUAUAUGAUGUUUUUUGAUUGGAUCUAUCCGGAUUACACUCCAAUUUUAAUUCGAGCCGUCGAAUUGUGGGCUCACGAUCCUUCAGUGACGACGCCAGUGUUGAAAUUUUUCGCCGAACUUGUACAAAAUCGUUCGCAACGCUUGCAAUUUGAUGUUUCGAGCCCCGAUGGCAUUUUGUUGUUCCGCGAAACCUCGAAAUUGAUUUGUUGUUAUGGAAAUCGAAUUUUAACGAUUGAUUAUCCGAAAGAGCAAGCGUACCCGAUGCGACUCAAGGGCAUGGCUGUGUGCUUUUUGAUGUUAAAGGCCAUUUUGUGUGGAAAUUACGUGAAUUUCGGCGUUUUCAAGUUGUACGGAGACAAUGCAUUGGACAACGUGCUCAAUACAACCACAAAAAUGAUUCUCUCGAUACCGCAUAGUGAUUUAUUGGAAUACCCAAAACUAUCUCAAGCGUACUAUAUUUUGUUGGAAUGUUUGGCUCAGGAUCACAUCACAUACCUUUCGACGUUAGAACCGCAAGUAUUUUUGUACAUUCUCGAGAGCAUAUCGGAAGGAUUGUCAGCCUUAGAUAUGAUGAUUUGCUCUGGUUGUUGUUCCACAUUGGACUUUAUUGUUUCUUAUAUUUUCAAGCAGUUACAAUUAAAAGUUGCCACAUUCCAAACCAAAAAAUUAAAUCGUCAAGGCGUUCCGCCCGAAAAUAACAUGUUCCUCAAAGUCAUGGAGAUGCAUCCGGAGAUUUUGCAAAAUAUUCUGUCAACGAUGUUGAACAUUAUUAUGUUCGAGGACUGCAAAAAUCAGUGGGCAAUGUCACGCCCGUUGUUCGUUCUCAUUUUGCUGUAUGAGGAUUAUUUCAACCAAUUACGUGAAAACAUCAUCCGCAUGCAGCCAAUUGACAAACAACAACCGAUGGCACUCCUCUUCGAGACCCUCAUGGAUGGCGUUGAACGGAAUUUAUUGACUCGCAAUCGUGAUAAGUUCACACAAAACCUUUCAUUAUUCCGUCGUGACAUUUACGAAUCGAUGAAAUCCUCAACGAAUAACUUGAAUAGCGGCACGGGAGCAUCGCACGCCAACGACAUGAUUGUUUCAUAGUAAUUUUUAAGGCAUUUCACGUCAAUCAACAACAAAAACAACACACGGAUGGAUUUUGGAAUAAAUUGCACUUUAGUUUUAAUUUUGUGAAGGAAGAGAGAUUUUUUAGUCAUUUUUUUUGUGAAGGAAGGCAAACGAGAGUUAGGACUCAGGAGAAAUUAAAAAAAAAACACAUAAAUUAUGAAAUUUUUUCAAAAAAGCGGAAUGAUCCUAUCGAUAUAUAUAUAAAAGCAAACAUGUAAACAUAAGAAAAUUAAGGAAACCACGUUAUAUAACUAUAUGUUUAAUAAAAAAUAAAAAGAAAAAUAAGAAAAUUGUAUGAAUAUAAGGAGAAAUAUAAAGAU